AUGGACGAAAUAUUGUCACCUGAGUCUGAAGUAGGUUUACCUAUAGAGCCAAGAGACUCAAGCAAUGAAAUAUCAGCUGAUUUUAAUGGAAGUCCAACGAGUUGCAACUUAGAGCCGAAUGAACAAUCUCUAAGCUCUCAAAAAUAUAUAGAUGGCGCAGUUAUUUCUUGUGAAAACACUUGCGAAAACUUUCAAAAUCAAUCAAAUAAAGAAUCCGGACAAGAAAUUUUAUCAAAUUCAAUCCGAUCGCCCAAUAAUGCCCCUAUUUUAGCCGAUGAAACUGCUAAUGAAGUCGAAUUCCAGACCAGAUCUGACCGAUCCUUCAAUGCUGAUGAGCGAAGACAAAUAUCUGCUAUAAAAAGCUGGAAAAUGGCUUCGCCGUCUAAAAAUCAGGACUCAGCAAUUAAGAAUAAGAUGGAUGUAUUUCAGGUCACCGUAGAUCUCUCAACUCCUUCAGGAACUUUAACAGGCAAAAACUACCUUCCUUCCCGUCAUGGUUCUGGCCAUGAAGAAAAAAUAGAGCACCAGCGAUCGCCAGCUGGCUCCUUGAAAAUUCCGAUUCUUACAAAAAGAUCUGAUUCCACUCGCGAAGGGUCAGUAAGAAGUACAAUCAGCAGGCCAGAAUCGAGCGAUAGGACCAUCUGCUUCAAGUGCCUUCUUCAAUAA